ACAUAGCUACUCAAAUACUCUCUGACCAGCCAUGGGCUAGAGAAAAAGCAAACGACCAUUGUAAAUUCAAUCAAGAAAAGUUAUUGGUGGUGUUCGUAUCGUAAUCCGCUAUCCGCGUAACACAACGUUCCAAAUCUACCCAACACACAAAAGAGAAGAGAACAAAGCAAAAAAUUAUUUAUUAAUGAAAGAAGGAAAAGUUCUUUUUCGAAUCCCAGCAUAAGCUUCUUCGUCGUCGGUACCAAGUCCAGUGACUAAGUAUUGUAAAUUUGCCAAAAUCCAAACGCUUCGAUUUGAUAUUUAUUUACAAAGUAAAAAAUACAAAGCAUUUUGCCGUUUCAAUUGGUUUUUAUACAAACACAUCUCCACUUUAAACAGUUUUCUUGUGGCUUGGCUAAGUGCUUGUGUUCGAGUGUGUGUGUGCGUGCAACACUGAAAACAAAAAGGAAAAAUUGACAAAAAAUAAAAAUAAAAAAACAACCAGACAUCAGCAAAAGUUUGUUGGUCCACAAACAGAAGCGGAUAGCAGCAGAAUUGAAUGAGAAACCAGAAAAUAGUUACUACAUUCUGUGUCUGAACAAAUUUUCCAUUCAAAGGGAAUAGCGAAUUGAGCAGGAGAGCAAUAAGCAUUGUCUAACUGCAAAUCUUCUCCCCCCGUUUCAAUAAAAGAAAAGUGCAAAAAAGUGAUAUUUUUAUUAAUAACACAGAACCCCAAGUGAAGUUUGUUGAAAAUUUUUAUUAAAAUUGUUAUUGUUAAUGCAAUCUGUAGCACUGAUUUUCUACACCAACAACUAUCCACAAAUCUUGUAAAGAAAACGCAAAAAGUAAUCAGAGGAGGAAACACAAAGUUUUGUGAACCCCGAGAAUUGAAUGAGAUUUGUAAGAAAACGCAAAAACAAAAAAGAACAUCCAAGAAACUCAACGUAAAAUAAAAACCCAACAAAUCAAAUAAGCUAAGCGGCCCGCUAAUAUUCAAAGCGUAUUACAGAGAAAAAACAAACAGAGAUACGGCAAUAAGAAGCAGAAAAGAACGACCGCCAAAGUGGACAGUUCAGAGAAAUUUGUUGUGAAGGCUGUUUAAUUGUCGUCAUUGUCGUCCCCCAGACCGGACCAGAUCGCCGUACCCAACCUAACCCAGAAAAAACUUUUUGUGGUGUCUGUAAAUGCCAGCAGCAGAAAAGAAAAGAGAGCAUAAAAACAAAAGGAAUUUCUGCCCAAAAUAUUGUUAGUCUCUAAAAGGAUAGGUACACAUUCACACACGCCGUAUUACAGAAUUUCCCCCAACACAAAUACAUAUCGAGUAAUCUCACAAAUACAAAUAUCAAGAAAACGUGAACGCGGAUUUCUCUACAGACAGGCAGAAGAAGCAGAAACUAGAGGAACGUAGUUGCCGUUGACAUCAGAGAUUUUUGUGCAUUUUUUAAUUAAAAGCAAAACAAACAUACGCGCGCUAAACUAAACGGAUAAACGAACAGCAGCAGUUGCAGUAAUAAAAAUAAAGCCAACAAUAAAAAUAAGAGUUUCAAUGAAACGAUAAAAAGACAUACCGGUCAGCCAAUAACCAACCAACCAACCGACUACCUAUCACCAACACCUUCAUCCCACAAACAGAGUUUGUUCCGGAAUUUGGUCAAAUUAAUUUCAAAUUUGGUGUGCGCGCUAAAAAGCCCCCCGAUCCUCCCAUAUUCUGCAAGAACGGCCGGCUUAUUCCGCAACCUCUUCACCCGUGUGUGUGUGUGUGUCUGUGUCCGACUUUGUGUCCUUAACCAUACAAAUCAAAUUUGUAUAGCCUGAAUAAAAAACAACACAAUAACUGUGCUAUUUGCUUAGUUCUAUUGUGCAUUUGUGUGAGUGGGCACUCGGUAAAAGUGAGAAAAUAAAACGCAAGGCGGAAACAAUAGCAGUUCAAUUUUAUGAACUAAGCCCUCAAAAUCAAAUCCAAAUAAACCCGACAUUGUCGUUCGUCACCACCACCACAACUUUACAAAAAUAACGCCGCCUACAUAACUGUAGUUAACACCAUCAUCCCACAGCAGGAGCAGCAAUAACAACAAGAACAACACAUCCACCCUACCAAACCGGAAAACAACGGAAUAGAACAACAAAAUGGAGGACAAUAACACAAGUACGCAAAUUAAACACGAUGAUCCAUCGGUUACAUUAACAAUAAGGCUGAUUAUGCAAGGAAAGGAAGUUGGCAGUAUUAUCGGCAAAAAGGGUGAAAUUGUUAAUAGAUUUAGAGAAGAGUCUGGAGCCAAAAUUAAUAUAUCGGAUGGUUCAUGUCCGGAACGUAUUGUCACGGUGUCUGGUACAACCAGUGCAAUUUAUUCGGCAUUUACCUUAAUUACAAAGAAAUUCGAAGAGUGGUGCUCGCAGUUCAAUAAUGAUGUUAAUAAAGGUGGUAAAACACAAAUACCAAUUCGUUUGAUUGUGCCUGCCAGUCAAUGUGGAUCGUUAAUUGGCAAAAGUGGUUCGAAAAUAAAGGAAAUACGCCAGACAACAGGCUGCUCCAUUCAGGUGGCCAGUGAAAUGUUGCCAAAUUCUACUGAACGUGCCGUUACUCUAAGUGGCACAGCCGAACAAAUUACCCAGUGCAUCUAUCAGAUUUGUCUUGUUAUGCUAGAGUCACCUCCAAGAGGUGCCACCAUCCCUUAUAGGCCAAAACCACAAGUGUCCGGACCCGUCAUCUUGGCUAAUGGACAAGCUUUUACCAUUCAGGGCAAUUACGCUGUUCCCGCACAAGAGACCUGUCCAGUAUUUCCACUUGCUUUGGCUACCGGUGGUCUACAUGCUGGUAUAUCGGGUUUAACGGAUCCUUUAUUAAAGGGCGCACAUUUGCAAGGAGCGGUACCAGCACACCAUCACCUACAGCAAUUGCCCGAUGUGGCUAAAAACCCCUUGGCUAGUUUGGCAGCUUUAGGUUUGGCUGGUAUGGCACCAGCCAAUACCGGCGGUCUCAAUCCAACAGCUUUGGCUGCCUUGGCUGGUUCUCAAUUGCGUACAGCAAAUACAAAUCGUGCUCAGCAGCAGCAACAUGAAAUGACCGUCUCUAAUGAUUUGAUUGGUUGCAUUAUUGGGAAGGGUGGCACCAAAAUUGCCGAAAUCCGUCAAAUUUCCGGUGCAAUGAUACGCAUUUCGAAUUGUGAAGAACGUGAGGGCGGCAAUACCGAUCGUACCAUCACCAUAAGUGGUAAUCCCGAUUCUGUGGCUCUGGCACAAUACUUAAUCAAUAUGAGGAUAUCAAUGGAAACAGCUGGACUGCCAAUACCUGGUUAUCAUUACAUUGCUCCAAAUGCAAUCGUUAAGACCCCCAUUCAUUAAGCCAACCUGCCGGGAGAAGAACAUCUGCUGUUUAUAAACCCGCUAAUAAACGUACAUGCCAACGGUACAAUAUCUACUCUACAGCAAUAUCUACUCCAACAUAACAUAAAAGCGAAUAUUAAAAACCCCAAUUUACUUGAUGGACAUGUGAACGAAACCCAAUUUGAAACCAGAGUGUGGAACCCUAAAAGCAAUAUUAAUUUAAAUUUUAAACUAAUUUAACUAAGACGGCAAACGGAAGAUGUUAGACAAGUUUAUAAUAACAUAUAAUACAUACAUAAAUAUGAGUUUAGACCAAGAAGAACAAAGCCACAAGUAUAUAAAAAAUCAAUCCAAUAUUUAAAUUAUUGUGCAAAAAGAAAGUAAUUUUUCAUUUUCAAGUGUUAUCUUCAUAAUUAUCAUUAUAUUUAAACAUUAUUUUUUGUUUUGCAUAUAAACAUUUUUGAUAUGGCAUUGAGAGGAACAGUUUGCUUAUGAAUACAGGUGUGACAGACCAGAAUAAAAUAUUCAUAGCAAAAUGGCCAUCUCAGCCAAGAACCGUAAGAGAAAACAGCAAUUAAUUUGUAAGUGUAGUCAAAAAAGCAAAAUAUAUAUUACAAAAACUAACAAACAAAACCGAAAGAAAUACAGCUUAACAAGUGCAUAACAAAAAAAUAAGAAAUCUUCAAUAAUAAUAAACCCAAUUAAAUGUUUUUAGACUAAAGCAAAUAAAAAGAAAAAUAAAAACUAAAAUCACAUAAAACACAACCUAGAAUCACAAUUUAAAAUAAAACAAAACAACAAAAAUAAUAAUUAUUAAAAAUCUACAGCAAAGCAUAACAAUAAACAAAACAAAAGUCAAAUAAGAGAAAUGUGCAUUAUAUUUAUGUUAUACAAUUACUUUUGUCUUAAAAAUAAAUACAUCAUAUAUUUUAUUUAUAUUUACUAUACAAUGCAUACUUAUGAAAUGUUAACGGGAAAUAAUGAGAAUUUUUAUUUUGAAAUUUCCUUUUUUAUGGAAGGAAUAGCUAAAAGCUGAUAUAUAAAAGAUGAAGAAGAAGAAGAAAAAAAUGUAAUGUAAAGAAAACAGCUAAAACGCCUUAAAAUAAAAAAAAAAAUAGAAAUAGAGUUACAUACGAAACCUUUUUACAUUUUCAAUUAUAUUCAGUAAUAGCAAUAUCGAUAAGGUCUAUCCCAUUUUUGUGUUAACUGUGGCACAAUAUUUUACCAUUUAACCAGAAUCCAGACCGUUUAAAUUUUUUUGCUGUAGUCAAUGAAAUAUGUCGCCUUACUUCAGGCAAAUUAACUUUCUGGAUAUUUUUGUAUGCAUAUGUUGAUAAGAAAAAAUUGCAUUAAAGAAAUAUAAACGUUUGCACUUUUUUCUUUCUUAAAUAAAAGAGAUUUUCGUCGUCGAACAAUUUAUUUUGUUUGUAAAUUUCAAUUCAAGUCACAAUAACAUAUUUCAGCAUCAGCUUGACCUGUCCAUUGAGCAUGAUUUAACACUUUUGAUUUCCUAUUUCAAACACUGAGUGAAAAAUUGAUUGCAUUUAUGGUACUUGAGAUUUUAAUAUUUGAUUAUUAUAAAUCUAAUAAAAUUAAAUUUUAUGUCAUAUAAAUAUUUUUAAUAAACUCUGACGUUUGUAUGAAAUUAACAAAAUCUUUUUUGUUUCCAUUUGAUCGAAUCGGUACUUCUUUUAAUCGAACGAUGCAAAUACCACUCUUUCCCCGUAAUAUCUUAAUAUUUUUUGGCAUCUUUAUUGUUAAAUCGUCCCUUGAAUUCCCUUCAUAUGUGACUCUAUUUCUAAAUAUAGCAUUAAUUAAUUGAAGACUACUAUAGAAAAUUUUUACUUUUUAUUUAUUAAAUGGAAGAGAGGUAAUCUUGUCAUUCGUUCUUUCUUUCAUUGAUCUUAGCAUUAGUUCGUUUCUCGUCUGGAGUGUUUUCGUUUUGUAUCUGUAUUAGAUCAAAAUUAUAUAUUAUUUAAAUGAAAUGAAUACUUAUUGUUGGCAUUUUUGUUUUUAGAAAAUCGUCUGUUUUUACCAAAUUUAUGUUUCUAUUGUUAUGAAUUUAUUAUAUUAAAUGAAUUAGAACAAAUUAAACAAACUGAAUUGUUAAACCAAAGUCUGAUUUAAUACAAAAUUAUUAUAUUAAACAUUUUUAAAUGAGAAUUGUUAGUUAUUUGAAAACACUCUGUUAUUUUUUUUUUUCUUUAUUUAAAAUGCUAAAUUUGUUUCCGAACAAUUUUAUUUGUAGCAAACUAUUUUCAAAAGAUAAAAAACAAUUUUAUUUAAUUCUAGUUUUAAUUCAAAUAUUUUAUUAUAAAUAUUAAUUUUUAUAUCCAUUUUCAUUAAUUAUCUACAACAUAAAUAUUCAUCUACAAACAUAGACCCACACAUGCAUUCAUACAUACAUAUAUAUUUUAUUUCAUUAUACAACAACAAAAUAUUUACUAAAAUACAAACAAGAAAACAUAUUUAAAAGAAAAAGCCCAAAGAGCUUAUGCGAAGAUAAAAGACUUUCUUAAUAUUAAUAAUGCAAAAUAACAAACAACAACAAUAUUAGACAUAUGCAUUCAUGCAAAAAUAAGAAAAUAUAUAUACAUUUAACACAUUAUAAUUAAGAAUUAAAAUGUAUUGUUUUUGUUGAAACAAAUGAAAUGUGUACAACAACAACAACAUACGUUUGACACUGCUUAUGUUUGGUUCAAAUCUUAAAUCCACGGUUGAGGACUGUCGAUUGAAAUUAUAAAUAAGUCGUUCAAAUAAUUGGAAAAGAGUUGGAGGACAAUUUAUAGUUUCAUGUGAAGUUAACAUAAUUUAAAGCCAAUUUUUUAUUUUUUUUAUUAUCAUAAAAUAAAAUUUAGAAAAGCAAUUUUGAAUAUUAAUAACAAUUUUCCAAAAACAUAACAGUUUUUUUAUGGUAUUUAAUCGAGUCUUACCUUUUUCCAAUGCCCACAAUUCUUUAAUACAAGUCCUCCACAGUCUUCUAUGUAAUGCGGCUUUUUCAAAUACUUGUAUUUCUUAUAUUUACGUCGACCGUAUACACGUUGUUGUUUGAUAUUUUGAACCAAACCAUCGUCAUCAUCACAUUAAACACAACAAAGGCUUAGUUUUAUCGAAGUUAUGAAAGUUAUAAUUUUAUCUUUAUUUUAAUUUUAGAUUUUUUUUGUCACUUAGAUAUAUUUGUUUAGUUUUUAUAUUUAUUAUUACUACUUGAUUAUAUUUUAACUUCAAUAAAUUAAUCAAAAACUUUAA